AUGUCUGUUGGCGCUGCUGCUCCGGUCACCGCGUUCGCGGUGGUGCUCUUCAUGAUGGCCGCUGUCGGCGUUUCUUCGAACCGCCCAGCCACAUCGCCGAACAACGGCUUCAGGAACAAGGACAUCUGCUCCGUGAUAUCUGGCAUGAAACGGUCCGUGAACUGCUGCAGGAACUGGUGGUUCGGCCCGGAAUUCGCCAACGUCUUGUGGCUCGCAUCCGCGUCCAGGCCGCGGUCCGACUUGAGCCUCGUCGGCUGGUCCAUGAGGGGAUUCAGCAAUCAGCAACGGCCUCCUGAUGCUGGUGUUGGCCGUGCAGUACCCGGCGAACUCGCACCUGACCGGACGGUGCACAACCAGAAGCGCACGAACGGCGAGCUCAUCGAUAAGGUUUCGGCCAUGGCGCAGCGCAUCAGGACCAUCGUGCAGAAGCAGCGCAGCACCGCCUUCCAGCCCCCGAGUGAGGCACACAACGACAACAAGGAGACGCUGCAGGCGCUCGCGGUUGAGAUCGCGGACCUCCGGGGGCACCUCGACUUGAUCCCUGACAAGUGUGCGAGUGAAUUGGCAGAGCUCAAGGCAGAGCUCAAGCCGGAUACCACGUGCUCCAAGGGCAACACCGACGCGAGCCUCCCGCCCCAGAGCGUGGAUGCCCAGAACAAGCUGAACAAUACGAAAAAGAUGGUGCAGAAGCACACGCAAAACGCGCACAUGGGCUCCAACACAGAACACGGCAACUCCUUGAUAGAUAAUGGUUCUUGUUCCGGGAGUUUCCCCGACACGGACAUCCCGCUGAAGCGCGUGGACGACAUGAGGAAGUUGAACAGGAUUACGAAGUUGAUGGAGGCGCUCGGGAACGACAAGCUUAUGGGCUCCAAGGCAGAUUACUUCGACAUCCUGAGCACGAGCAUUUGCACCAAGGAGUGCCUGGACUCGUUUGCGAA